AUGGAGUAUAAAUCUCAGGCCGACCGAAAGAGCAUUGCGGGCUCAAGCAAAACCGUGAAGGCUGUAACUGAUGCGGACCUUGAGCGACCCGGAACCCCAGGCGGCGCCAGCUUUUCCGAUGGAAAGAUGGAGGUAACUCAUCAGUUUAAUUCGGACACCGAAAUGAAGAAGCAAUUUAGCAGCAUCGCCACCCUAGGCUUGGCCUUUUCGAUUCUGAAUUCGUGGGUCGGUGCAGCUGGAAGCCUUCUGGGGCCAAUAUCUCUUGGCGGUUCCGUGACCGCGAUAUGGGGGUGCUUAGCCGGGGCAGCCUUCACUACGAUCCUAUGCAUGGGUGUGAUCGAGAUGGCAUCCGCCAUGCCCGGUGCCGGAGGCCCUUACCAUUACACCUUUGUUCUGGCUUGGGAACACAAUCGGAAGUUCCUCAGUUUCUUCGUUGGCUGGUGCAAUAUGAUUGCGUGGUGUUCUGGGCUUCUGUUUAUGGCCACCUUCUUCACAGGAAUGGCGGUGCUCUACCACCCUAGCUAUACACCGACGACGUGGCAUAUCUAUCUCAUAUUCUUACUCAUUCUCUCGGUGGGCACCGCAGUCGUCAUCGGGGCCAACCACAUCAUGUCACGCCUGACAGCCAUAUCGUUCCCCGUCGCCAUGCACGCUGAUCUACCAUAUCAAAGUGCUUCGUUUGUAUUUACAAAUUUCUCCAAUCCAUCAGGCUGGUCGAGUAAUGGAAUGGCAUUCGUUAUCGGUUGCAUGCUUUCCUGUUACAAUUUUAUCGGAAUCGAUGCCGCAACUCAUCUCUCGGAGGAGAUGCCGAAUCCAGCGUUGAAAGUGCCACAAGCUAUGGCCGGAGCCCUCGCCACCGGGUGCUUUACCUCAUUUGGUUUUCUUAUUGCUUUACUAUUUUGUGUAACUGAUAUGGACGAGGUUAUUACAACACCAACUGGUGUUCCCAUCCUAGCUAUCUUCUUUCAAUCCACCAAUAGCAAGGCUGUGAGCGUCACGUUGCUAAGUCUCAUCAUUUUUUGUCUUGUCUUUUCUGUUGUCAGCGCAAUUCUUAUUUGUGGUCGGACAACGUGGGCCUUCGCAAGAGAUAAUGGAUUGCCCUUUUCCCAAUACUUCAGCCAUAUAGACGAGAAGACAGGCAUGCCACUCCGAGCCACCUUACUUUCUUCAAUUCUCUGUAUGAUAUAUGGUUGUAUCUACGUUGGAUCUACUGUCGCUUUCCAGUCCAUAGUAGGGUCGGCUAUCAUUAUGCUGUUCGCGACCUAUGCUAUGCCCCAAGGGAUUCUAGCGAUCAGGGGUCGGCAUCACUUGCCAGCCCGGCCAUUUGAUCUUGGAAGGCCUGGCUUAUUUCUCAAUAUUUCUGCGCCGAUUUUGUUUUUGAUACUUACUGUCUUUAUUUGCUUUCCAUAUGCACUUCCAGUCACAGCUCAAAAUAUGAACUACCUGAGCGUGAUCGUGGUUGGCUGCUCGACGCUUAUUGUAUGCCUCUGGUACGGAAGCAAGAAAGGCGUAUAUAAUGGGCCGAUUCUUGCAUGA